AUUUACAACUCCAGGAAAUAAAUGAGCGGGGCUCCCUCCGCCCUGUUGAAAGCUUCGCACGCUGCAACUGAGGGGGAGAAGAGAGGAAACUUGCUAGAGACGGGGAACCAACUUCGUUAGGCAAGUGACACUUUCCCGAUUGGUAGCCUGCAGAAGAUCUUUGAAGUUACACCAAGAGCUGCAAGUUGUCCACCCCAAUUGAGAGCUUCAAAGGCAUCCAUCUUCUUAUUGAAUUGGCCACGUAUGGGUAGACCAUGCAACUUUGGAACCCAUCUGAGCCCACUUUUCUGGGUUACUUUUUAUUCUAUCGUUCUCCUUGGAUGGGAAUAUUGAAUGAACCCUCCACAUGACCACCCUUCUCAAGACUUGUCCUCUGGGUCUUUGCAGAAACUCUGAUGAAAGGGCACACGUGAAUUAUCUCGCCUAUCUUCCUUUUUGUACCGGGGAAGUUAUUCCGCUACACUUUGCUGCUUUGGCUUCCCUCUUGGGAAUGCGGGAUGGCCAGUCGAGGAAGCAAUGGUUUUGGAGGGUGGCGACACAAAGAGAAGGAGUCAGAGGAAGAUGAUGAACUGGGGGGGAGAAGCGAUGGAGCCCUCCAGGUAGGAGAAAGCAGCCUUGCGGGGAAUUUGGAUUGCUGGAAUUUGUCGUCUUCCCAGGAGAUCCUGGAAGAUGAAGAAGUUCUGGGGGAGCUGGAGGACUAUCAAUACCUUCUGGAAGAAGAGGAUAAAGGAAGUCCUGAGGAUCUUGGCAUGAGGUCUUACUGGCAGCCAGAUCAGAUGCAUGAAGAAGGCAGCACUGAAAGUCUAGAGAAGCCGAGAGGGACGUGGGGUGCUGGCAGCCAGGAGGAUGUUUAUCCUGAGCUUUCCUUUGAGGGUCAGUAUGACUUGGACUUCAGCCCCAGUCCUGAGGCCCUGCGAGACCCUCUGGCUUUAUAUAAAAGCAGCUUUGCCUCGGAUAAUGUGGACGAUGAGCUAUCUGAGAGCUCCAAUUUCAGCCCCUCUCCCUGUGGACCACCUCCAAGGUGCACCCAACUGGAAAUUGAACCUCAGAGCCUGGGUGGGGAUGGUCUGGACGUCCCUGAAGCCCGAAAGCUCUCCUUGGAAUCAGGGAGAAGCCUGGAAAGUCCCAGGCUCAGUUCCCUAGCAAGUUCCUUGCAGUACAAUCAGAGGCUCCUGGAUUUUCAGUCCCUAGAAGAUCUUCAGGAUUCUCCCAGCAUUGAUGCCGAGACUUUUCCAGAACUAUCAUGGAUGGAGAACUCAGGACAGCCUCUUGCAGAAGACCCUUCAGUUGAGACAGCCCCAACCCCCCAGCUGCGGGCUUUGAACUCCAGUAAGACUGAGGAAAGACUUUUGGAUUCAGGAAAGGGAACACAGAUGUCCCAUGUUCAGGGGCGAGUCGGUUGCCGGCUGGAGGAACGAACACGGAAGCUGAAAGCAAAUGCACCCCGUGGGCUAUUGUCUAAAGGCACGAGGCAGUCCAGGUCUCUGAGCCCUCGGCGGAGCCCCAGCCAGAAAAAGUCUGGGCAUCCUGCUUUGAAAGCGUCAGACCAAGGGACUCCAUCAACCCUUGGUGCAAGAGACUUCGCACGAUAUGGCCGAGGGCAGCUCAACUACCCGCUACCGGAUCUGUCCAAAGUGGAGCCCCGGGUCAAGUUCCCCAGGGAUCACCAAAGCUACCAUCCGCCCCAAGGAAAGGCUUCCUCUGCCAGCAGCAAGAAGGCUACGAAGCCAGUGAUCUUCAAGUCUCCUGCCGAGAUUGUCCGAGAGGUGUUGCUGAGCAGCGGGGAAGGCUCCCCCCAGAAAUGCUGUGCUCCCACAGUGUCUGUCAUUCCCGAGGAGCUGAAGUCCCCCAGACAGGCCACGGAGCUGGUGCAUCAGCUCCAGGAAGACUAUCACAAACUGCUGACCAAGUAUGCUGAAGCUGAGAAUACCAUUGACCGGCUGCGGCUGAGUGCCAAGGUACGCCUGUACAGUGAUCCUCCAAAGGCCAGCCAGGCAGGUGAAAUGGGGAGAAUAUCAGAGGCAUCCAAAGUUGUAACAUUCAGCAUUCCUCAAAUCAGGACUGCUGAGAUCACAAGGAAGUCCAGCCAAGCAUCCCGGGGUGCUCAGGGUGAAGGAGUUCCUGGACAGCAGGCGCAACACUCAUCCUUGGGCCAUUCCACAGGGCUGGCUGCUUCUGGAACAAGUAGUCCAAUCUCCACCAAGAUGCCUUUCUUGGGUGAUCAUCUCACGCGAUUGUUAGCCACCCAAGCAAGUAAAUUUCAGACUCAGAUGGAGUUCUUGGAGGAGUUAAUUCAAACUGAUAGGCUGGAGGCCCUGGACCAGCUCAAGGGGUUUGCAAGACUAAAGGAGGCUCAGCAAGCUUUGGAACAAGCUUAUCUACAGGCCCGAAAUAAGUACCAGCAGUUGCAGAAUCAGAAAGAACCUGUGGAGACACUAGGAGAGUUUGAUUCCAGCCGGGCAGUGGAAGGCAACAUCUUCCAUCUGGGGAUGCGUUUGGAGGCGCUGAAAGAGAGAAUCGAGCAGCCUACAUGGAGCCAAUGGGUUGCACCAAAGAGUUCCCCGCUGGUUGUCCCAUCACAUCCUUCCUUUCCAGUCCAGCUUUCUGAGGAACAGAGUGGAUCCCCAACACCAUCCCUCCAAGCCCCAGUCCCAGCUGUCUGCAUAGCAUACCCUGAGACCUCCACCCCCAAAAGAACCUUCACUCAAGUUCAGAUGGAGGGGGACAUGAGUUCCAUCAGUGAUGGGACUGGUGAAGAAGAGGGAGAUUUCCUGGAGCUCCCCCAGCCUUGCAAGCAGCAAGAGGAGAACAGCAUUGAUCCCCUCCUGGACCAGUGCAGCAGCUUCAACUCUUUGCCAGAGGCCUUGAGUCACAAACACAAUGCUUCCUCAAAGGAACUGGGCUGUGCAGCCACCACAGCUGCUGGGACAAAGGGGGGCUCCCUGCAGAAGCCAUCUGCAGCUGCUAAGAGAACUCCCACCACCUCCAAGGGACACCAAGAGGAGGCGGCCCCUGAGCUCCCAUUGAGAAAGGUCCAGCAACCAGCUCAGCAGAUUGGACAUGUGUCUUCCAUCCAAGCAGGAGCAGUGCUGUGUGAACCUCCUGACAUUAGCAGCCCCCCAGUUGCUGUUCCCAAGUUGUCCUCUAGAAGGCAGCAGGCAUAUUUUUCCUCCCAUAGCAGUGUGGCUAGUGGGGUGGGAAGCACAGCAUCAGAACCUGCAGGUCCAAAGCUACCACAGAAGAUGAACUCAACAGUGUCUGAGGAUCUGCGCAUUGUGUCUCCAGAGACAGACAGUGGUUUUGUGGGAUCAGAAGCCAGCAGGACAUCUCCUCUGGCACAGAUGUCUAAGAUCAGGUCCAGGUCCCACAGCAUCCAGAGACCAUCAGCUGCACUGAAUGUGCCUCCCCGCUCACCAUCCUCCAAGGAAGCACCAGGGGUGGUGUUCAGACCAGCCAAGGCAGCUGGGCAAGUGAAGCUGGAAGGUGGGAGAAGCAGACACACAUUGCCUAAAAGAAGCCCUUUCCAGAAGAACUCUCCCUGCAGGCGGACAAAGGAAAUGCCACCAGCAGGCAAUGAAAAGUCUCACACUGACUCUGAGACAGAAACUGAGGCACAUGGUGGUAUCAGCCCAGAUGGUACCCCUCCUCCCCAUGGGCGACAUUCCCCCCGCUCCUUCACAACUUCCUUGAACCUGGCCCAGGCACACCACCACAGCUUUCUUAAUUCCCGCUUGGAACGAGACAAGGCCAUUGCAGCUCUGCAGCAUGAAGUCUCUCAGCUGCAGCAGAGUCUUGAAGAGACGCUCCAUCAGCGCUCCACUUCUUCCCAUCCGGCCAGAGUCCAGGGCAGUGCCCGCCUUUCUCCAAGCGUCACUCCAGCAGGAACUUCAGGGAAAAGCGUGGUGGAAUCUGAUCAAUCAUUUCUGGCCACAGCACCAAAAGGGAGGGCACAGAAACCAUCUUUGGCUCAAGAUGGAUCCCAGUUGGAUUUCAAUCCUUCGGAGUCAGAUGAUGCACCACCAAAAUCCCGGAAUGGAAGACACCAUACAGCUCCCAAGAUAAAACCCUCAAAACAAUCUACUGUCCAGGGGCCUUACACAGGGACGUGGUAUCCCAUUUCCACUCCUAAGUCUGAAGAGCCAAAGACACUUCAAACCUCUGUGCUGUGUCUCGGUUGCCAAAAUGUCAAAUUGCAGCAUGGGGAAACCCCUGGAAGUCACUUGGAUGACAAGGAAACCAAAGGCUGUGAUUCCCCAAGGGAUGGAUCCAGACCCACUAAGCAAAGAGCAACUGUAGGAUGGUUAUGUUGUUCAUGUAAGGAUUCUGCAAAUUUCAGCAGCAAAGACACAGCCGGGGCGGGAGAUGGCAAAGAGAAUGCUCCAGAAGAAAGCUCUAGAACACAACCGAAGUUUAACCCCCACCAGCAACCGAAACAGACAGGCCUCUGGUACUUGGCGGUGCCCUCUGCAGCUACCUCUGUCAAUUACAUCCCUACCAUUCCCUUGGCACCGUACCCCCUCUCAUCUGUAAUCUAUUCUCCUCCACUUGGCACUACCUCAGUCUGCUCCUCCGUAGCUCUUCCUGCUUAUGAAGUUGGCGGGCAGCAGGCCACAGAGUGGAAAACAUCAUGGCAGCAUCCCCAAGAGUAUCACUGCUGUUCCAGGACCUUCAGCUGCACCAGGUUGGAGGACUUGAACUGGACCUUAAGCCGUGCUGUGGAGGCUGCCAAAGACAUGAAGUUCACCACCCAACAGAUGAGCAGAUCUCUGAGUUGGGCCCUAAGGAAGGCAAGGAGUCCGAGAACAUCUUGCCUCUUCUGAUGAGAAUGGACCAAGAGGGAAGAAGCCCACUUCCUAGAUUUAGUUGAACUGGGAAUAAUAAAGGGGACCAAGCUGCCCAUUCUGGAGUCUGCACAGAAUGUUUCUUGUGUUUUAUAUGCCAAAGGAAAAUGCUGUAACCCCUUACUUGAGAGGAGGGAAUAGCAUAUCACAAGUAUUAGGGAAGUAGCAUCUUGCAACAGCACUUCCU